UUUGGGAAAAAUCUGAAAUGAUAUUAACAACCAGAGCGAUUUGGCGACCAUCCAAAAAUAAUGGAUACGGUACUUCUAACCAUCUUCUUAUCAAAGGAAGGAACCAUAACGACACGAAUAGAAAUUCGUCUGAAUUUAUAAAUAGAAGCGACGGAAAAGUCAACGCUCUCGCAAAAAUAUUAAAUAAUCAGGGAGUUAUAGAAGACUAUAGAAAAACUAAAGUGCUAUCGAUUAGACGUCGUGAUCUUAGAAGACAUCCUCUUACAAUAGCCAAUGUUAUAACAGAUAGCAACGAAACAAGAAAACACAUGGACGAUAGAUUACAACUCCAUCAUGAUUCAAUAGCGAAGAUGUCGUACGCUAUAGUGAAAAUAUGUUUCCAAAUGUUGAACGCUACAGAGAGAUCGAUAUUCACCCACACGUGGGGAUACAGAGACAAGAAUGGUAACUGGCAGGGAAUUAUUGAUCAUCUGCUGAAAAAAGAAGCAGAUUUGGGAACUCUAACGAUCUUCACUCAAGAGAGGAUGGAAAUCAUCGACUACAUAGCUAUGGCGGGCUCAACUGCUGUUAGGUUUGUCUUCCGCGAACCACCUCUGGCUCUUCUAUCUAAUAUCUUCACGCUACCGUUCACUGGGGCCGUCUGGAUAGCUGUCUCCGUUUGUAUCUUGGCCUGUGCUUUAUUUCUAUACAUCGCAUCUAAAUGGGAAGCUACUGUUGCUAUGCAUCCGACGCAGCUUGGUGGCACGUGGGCGGAUGUGCUCAUACUGAUUGUGGGGGCCGUACUGCAGCAGGGGUGCACAUUGGAGCCAAGAUAUGCUGCUGGUAGGUGUGUGACCCUUCUUCUGUUUUUGGCACUUACAAUCCUAUACUCCGCGUACUCCGCCAAUAUUGUGGUGCUGCUGCGAGCGCCCAGCUCCUCUGUCAGGACUCUACCGGACCUUCUCUACUCACCCUUGAAACUUGGCGCUAGUGAUUUUGAGUAUAAUAGGUAUUUCUUCAAGAAAUUGAACGAACCAAUAAGAAAAGCUAUUUACAAUAAGAAAAUAGCUCCGAAAGGGAAGAAGCCUAACUUUUACACUAUGAAAGAAGGCGUCGAGAAAAUAAGAAAAGGUCUGUUCGCAUUCCACAUGGAGCUGAACCCUGGAUACAGACUGAUUCAAGAGACCUAUCAAGAAGACGAGAAAUGCGACCUCGUGGAGAUCGACUACAUCAACGAAAUCGAUCCUUGGAUACCGGGACAGAAAAGAUCACCUUUUAAAGAUUUGUUUAAAAUAAAUUUCAUAAAGAUCAGGGAGACGGGCAUCCAAGCGAACAACCAGCGUCGGCUGCAAGUGUCGCGGCCGCGGUGCUCGGGCUCGUUGUCGGCGUUCAGCAGUGUCGGAUUGACUGAUAUGAGACCGGCGGUGCUCGCUGCGAUAUACGGCCUGCUGCUUGCGAUUGCUGUGUUAAUUAUCGAAAUCGCACAUAAACAUCUAGUAACUCGAAGGGCUCUGCGGAUGCAACUAAAUCAAGUUGCCGAUUACCACUUCGUGAUGUAAAAUUCAAUAUUUAAUACACUUGCAUAAAUGUAAUUAAUUGUAAAAUGACACGAGUAAAU